GGCGGAAGGGGCGGGGCCUCGGUACAGGCGCGGAGCGCUGGGCUCCAGGUCCCUGAGUAAAGCGGUAACCACCGGGGAGAAGUGGGAGACUUCUCUCGAUAGCGCUGGCCCAGCCUGCUCAUCAGCCUCCUCGCCGCUCCCUCACCCUUAUCCUCGCCAGUCCUUGCUGGGUACGACCCGCAGCCAUGCCGCCCCAGGGCUGAGGAGGCCCCGAGGCGAGGCCCGAGUCCCUGCGGUCCUGGCAACGACGGCACAUGGAGAACUUCCGUAAGGUGCGCUCCGAAGAGGCGACGGCGGGGUUUGGGACCGAAGGGGGCGGCCCUGGCCCCUUUGCCGACCUGGCACCGGGCGCCGUGCACAUGCGGGUCAAGGAGGGCAGCAAGAUCCGGAACCUACUGGCCUUCGCCACCGCCAGCAUGGCGCGGCCGGACACCCGCGCCAUCGUCUUCAGCGGCUGCGGUAGGGCCACUACCAAGACCGUCACGUGCGCCGAGAUCCUCAAGCGUCGCCUGGCUGGCCUGCACCAGGUCACGCGGCUGCGCUACCGGAGCGUGCGCGAGGUGUGGCAGAGCCUUCCACCCGGGCCCACACCCGGGCCGAAGCGUAGCGCGCUGGGCGCCAGUCUCAGUGUACUUAAGAAUGUGCCCAGCCUCGCCAUCCUACUUUCCAAGGAUGCACUGGAUCCGCGCCAGCCAGGCUACCAGUCCCCGAGCCCUAGUUCUGACCCCUCGUACCUGCCAAUGGCGGCGACGUCCAAGGGGAGCCUAGGGGAUCCUACCACAGCAGAAGGCUCCAUGAAAGAGUCCCAACCUGAGCCACGUGCUGCGGAAGAGGACCCGAUAGCCUGAGAACUCCCUGUUCUGGGCCACCUGGUCCUGGCUUUUAGCCCCAGCGCCUUGACCUUGAGAUGCAUUUCCUGCCUCUCAUGCUCAGUCUGCUGGAGCGCACAGCCUGGUCUCAGCUCCUCAGACUGCCAUCAUGGACCCCACAGCCAAAAGAGGAGGACCCCAGUGAAGCGUCGUGGACCAGUUGCUUCUCCACUUGUGUUGCCCGAAGACUCAGAAUUCCACCUUCAGCUUUGCUGACCGUUACUGGAACCUUCUUCAGGGAGGGUAUGGUGGGCAGUGGGACUCUUGAGCCUUGCUCAGAACCCGCAAGGGUUAAGGGCACCUAGCAUUCAAGGGGCUGGGGAGCAGGAGUGUGGAAGCCAAGGAGAGCUUGUGGGAUCACCCCCAUCCACUGGCAGCAGAGGACAAGGGGUGAGAAACGGACUGCUUGGGGGUAGGAGAGUCUGAGUAGCAGGGAGCUCCAUUCUGCCCCUCACCCCAGGACAGUUUACCUUUAUAGUUUCCCUUCUCUUGCUUUUAAGGAGCAUCCUGAGAUCACGGUGGCAGAGGUGUGGCCACAGGCUCUAGCUCCUUUAAUGUCAACCCGUUCCCCAAGUUGACCCAGAGGGAGAGACCCAGUGCAAAAACUCUCUGUGCCCCCUCCCUUGAGCCCAGUAGCUGAAAUGUUGCUUCCAAUAAAACAAACAUGAAAAUGG